AUGGUGACCGGCAAGUCGCAUCCAGGCGGCGAGCCUGUUCAGCUGCCUGCUACCUCCCCUGACCCGACCGGAUCCAACUCCCCACCUUCAAAGCGAGAUUUGGCUUCUUGGUGGAGGCAGUUUAAACGAAACACAAGGAAAGAUGAAGUCAAAGAACCAACCCGAGGCAUCUUUGGCGUACCACUAAAUGUCAGCAUCAAAUAUGCGAACGUCGCUAUCUCUCUCACUGGAGAACAUGGCAAAAGCCAUAUCUAUGGAUACGUACCCAUCGUCGUAGCCAAGUGCGGCGUGUUCCUGAAGGACCGAGCCACGGACGUAGAAGGUAUCUUCCGCCUUAAUGGUUCGGCCAAGCGCAUCAAAGACUUGCAAGAAAUUUUUGAUUCUCCCGAGCGCUACGGAAAAGGCCUCGAUUGGUCUGGAUACACGGUGCACGAUGCCGCCAACGUCCUGCGUCGAUACCUGAACCAGUUGCCCGAGCCUAUCGUUCCCCUAGAGUUCUACGAGCGGUUCCGCGAACCCCUGCGCGUCUAUCAAAGACAAGUACAAGCUGAAAAGGAGCAUGUUGAGACCGAGAAAUUCGAUCACGCCAAGGCCGUCGAGACCUAUCAGCGCCUCAUUGUCGAGCUACCCCCGUUGAAUAAGCAGUUACUUCUCUAUAUUCUGGAUCUCCUGGCCGUCUUCGCAUCCAAGUCGGACCAAAAUCGCAUGACAUCAGCCAACCUGUCAGCCAUCUUCCAACCCGGAAUGUUGUCUCACCCGCAACAUGACAUGUCGCCAGAGGAGUACAAGCUGAGUCAGGAUGUGUUGAUUUUCCUGAUCGAAAACCAGGAUCACUUUUUGGUCGGAAUGAGCGGUACUACUCCCGAUGAGCAGCAAGUCAAGGAGGUUGAAGCUGGCCUUCAGCCUGCCGCUUCGUCCAAGGAUGUUGAAGGCGGCAUCGUGUCUCGUCCCUCAACAACUUCAAACAUUCGACGCUCCGUUUCAAAUGCGAGCGGCAAUGACGGUCAUCGCAAGAUUGACAGCGUCCGGAGAAAUGUCUCCGUAUCUUCGCGUAACUCCCGCGGCUCCCGUCAUUCAAACAAUGCUCCUUCUCCCGGUACGCCCACCUCGACCUCGGGUGGUGGUGUUCAUCGAAGCAACACCCUUCCCUCCAAGAUGGGCCCCGUUGUGGCAUCGGCCCGUUUUGUCCGCGCUGGGGAAACUGGCUCGGCCAACCCGUCAGGUCUCUCUGUUUCGCAUCACAGCUCUCGAUCCGCGAGUCGAGCACCCUCCCUGCGUGAGGAGACUGAGCCACAAAAGCCCAGCACAGCUCCGUCGGGAACCCCCAUUCGAAGCGUCUUUGUGCACACAUCAACUCAUGGUCCUAUCCCGGUCGCAACAGCUGAGCAGCUUAACAUCGUCGAGCGCACUCCACCACAGGAAAAUAAUGAAACCCACAAUCCCCCUCAAAGCCCUCCACCCGCAACUCUACCACCACAGAACCUUCAACUCCAGGGCCUAGCGGGUCCUGUGUCUCCCCCACCCCAGGUUGUAACUCCGACUCGUGAACGAAAGUUGUCCAACUUCUUCACCAAAUCUCCACCACCCGAAGGAGAGGCGCGUCAGCCUAAUCGUCUCAGGAAGAAGCGUAUCCCGGGCAGUGCUAGCAUCAGUGCACAGAGCUCAACCAACUCUCUCGACCCGCACUGGGACAGCUCUUUGGAACCAAAUCGGGAUCGAAAGUCUUUCGAUGGUGCGGUAGGAGAUACUACCCCAAAACCUCCCAACACUGCGACGCUGAGCAAUCGUGAUGCACACUCUGAAUCUACUCCCACCCUGGGCGAUAGCUCUUCGCACCCCAACACGGACAACUCUUUGAGACCCCAUCAGUCGCGUACACCAUCAAUGAACUCUCGGUCAUCCUUCACUGAUCAUUCAGACUUGGAACAACCCGAGGAUGGCUCACGCUCCGAGCGCCGGGAUAAUCGACGCAGCUGGCGGUUCCAUCGCUCGUCCAAGCGCAGCAGUGAGCAGAUCGGGCUGGGUCUCGCUUCUCCUCCCCUGGUUGCCAGCGAUUCUGGUGCUGCGCAAAGCACUACCUCAUUUGGUAGCGGAUCGCAUCAAAGUAACGAUCCUGCCAGUCAGCCCUUGAGUUUGGAUGCCGGCAUCCAGGGUAACUCAAUUCCUAAUGCUGAACCGGAGAAGAGAAGCCUCUUCGGCAAAUUCAAGGCGAAGAUGGCUCAAGUCGUGAAGGAUGACCGUGAACGCGCGAAGAGUCCAAACCAGUCAGAUGAACCAUCCGCCACGAGUCAACCACUCUCUCCAACUAUCCCCAACCACGCGAACGGCAAGCCUCCAGCCGAUGUAUUCGCCGAGCAUCCUAAGGAGGAACCCCUUCGCUCACCCGCUUCUCCACUACCCGGAGCGGGCCUCCCUCCAGCCAUCCCCGAGGAACCAAACAGCCCAGAGGCCCCCUCUGCAGCCGCUGAGGAAUUCAAGAAACAGCUUGAACCCGAGCCUGCAACCACUGCUGAAACCACAGCGGUACCAACGGAGACACCCGCUGUCGCCGAACCGUCGAAGGAAACAACCCCUACCGACAAAGAAACAACCGCAUGA